AUGGAAACUCACGUUCUUUAUCCGAUCAUUGUUCUCAGAGUGAACAUAAAUUGCUGCAAGGACUGCCCUGAGACGCUCAAGAAAGCAUUAUGGAGUAUCAAUGGUGUCUAUUCGGUUGCAGUGGAUCCAGAAAAGAAGUUGGUGUAUGUUGCAGGCAAAGUAGACCCAAAGUUACUGCUAGAUUCCAUUGCAAAAAUGGGGAAAAGUGCGGAAAUUUUGUCCUGCGAAGAAGGGGCCAACAAAGACAAGAGACAAGCUUAUGAUGACCACUUCUUCAACCGUGGACAAAACUAUCACUAUCACGGGAAGGAAGACUACAACUUCCGACGAACUGGGAUGGAGCAGAAGCAAUCUGGCAAGAAAGAAGGAGAUGAUGACCACGAAUUUGAAGAUUAUGUACCACCCAAAUUUGAUCCACACCUAUGCAGGGAUCCUUUCUGCAAACUUCACAAUAGAAGACCGAUUUUUCAUGAGAAGGUACCUGCGUGGAACAGUCCCCACCACUCUGCCCGAUUUUUCCACGGAGCAAGUCCCAUGUUUUACCAUGGGAGUCACCUUGAUGACUACUAUUCUCAUCCCGGAAUGUCACAACCCGGUUAUGGUGGAUAUGGUUCCCAUGGAGAUGAUAGUGGUUGCACAAUUAUGUAGAUAGGCUCUUUCUAUCGCUAACUCCAGAUUUUCUCCUUUUUUGUGAUUUGGAGUUAUUGGCAAAUAACAAGAACGUGCGCUAGAUCUUUGCCUCUCCUAGAGAGCCCUAACGUCACCCCUAACUACAAAACCUGUUUUAUGCACAUUUCUCUUUGUGUAUGCUUCGCUUGUAUACAUUUUUUUUUUUUU